AUGAAGGAGCUGUCUGUUUUUUCCCUCAUCUGCUCCUGCUUCUAUCCAGAGGCACGUAACAAGCUUGUCGUCUGUGAAUUUGAAGGUAAGAACCAGAAGCAUGCAACAAGCUGGUCGUCUGUGAGUUUGAAGGUAAGAACCAGAAGCAUGCAACAAGCUGGUCGUCUGUGAGUUUGAAGGUAAGAACCAGAAGCAUGCAACAAGCUGGUCGUCUGUGAGUUUGAAGGUAAGAACCAGGUCACACCAGAUGUAAGAACCAAGCACGAUAGUAAAGUUACUAUGGAUAUUGCAGGAGUUUCUUGUUGAAAUCAGACAUGUCCGUGGUAAGGACAACUUGGUUGCUGAUUAUCUCCCAAGGGUGGGUAGUCAAUACGUUUUGUGUUUUAGCCAGUGUGUUGCCCAGGCUCACAAUUUAAUUUGACUGCACGUUUUGCCGUUUUGGAGAUUAGUAUUGUUUUGGUUGGGGAUGAGAGUUAUAGAAGCUUACGUGAGUUUUUCAAAAACCUGUGAGUUUUAGAGAACUAUAGAAGAAGAAAAAGAAAAAAAAGAAGAAAAAGAAAAAUACACAUGUAAAAAAAAAUAUAUACAGUGGGGAAAAAAAGUAUUUAGUCAGCCACCAAUUGUGCAAGUUCUCCCACUUAAAAAGAUGAGAGAGGCCUGUAAUUUUCAUCAUAGGUACACGUCAACUAUGACAGACAAAAUGAGAAAAAAAAAUCCAGAAAAUCACAUUGUAGGAUUUUUAAUGAAUUUAUUGGCAUAUGAUGGUGGAAAAUAAGUAUUUGGUCAAUAACAAAAGUUUCUCAAUACUUUGUUAUAUACCCUUUGUUGGCAAUGACACAGGUCAAACGUUUUCUGUAAGUCUUCACAAGGUUUUCACACACUGUUGCUGGUAUUUUGGCCCAUUCCUCCAUGCAGAUCUCCUCUAGAGCAGUGAUGUUUUGGGGCUGUCGCUGGGCAACACAGACUUUCAACUCCCUCCAAAGAUUUUCUAUGGGGUUGAGAUCUGGAGACUGGCUAGGCCACUCCAGGACCUUGAAAUGCUUCUUACGAAGCCACUCCUUCGUUGCCCGGGCGGUGUGUUUGGGAUCAUUGUCAUGCUGAAAGACCCAGCCACGUUUCAUCUUCAAUGCCCUUGCUGAUGGAAGGAGGGUUUCACUCAAAAUCUCACGAUACAUGGCCCCAUUCAUUCUUUCCUUUACACGGAUCAGUCGUCCUGGUCCCUUUGCAGAAAAACAGCCCCAAAGCAUGAUGUUUCCACCCCCAUGCUUCACAGUAGGUAUGGUGUUCUUUGGAUGCAACUCAGCAUUCUUUGUCCUCCAAACACGACGAGUUGAGUUUUUACCAAAAAGUUAUAUUUUGGUUUCAUCUGACCAUAUGACAUUCUCCCAAUCCUCUUCUGGAUCAUCUAAAUGCACUUCAGACGGGCCUGGACAUGUACUGGCUUAAGCAGGGGGACACGUCUCGCACUGCAGGAUUUGAGUCCCUGGCGGCGUAGUGUGUUACUGAUGGUAGGCUUUGUUACUUUGGUCCCAGCUCUCUGCAGGUCAUUCACUAGGUCCCCCCGUGUGGUUCUGGGAUUUUUGCUCACCGUUCUUGUGAUCAUUUUGACCCCACGGGGUGAGAUCUUGCGUGGAGCCCCAGAUCGAAGGAGAUUAUCAGUGGUCUUGUAUGUCUUCCAUUUCCUAAUAAUUGCUCCCACAGUUGAUUUCUUCAAACCAAGCUGCUUACCUAUUGCAGAUUCAGUCUUCCCAGCCUGGUGCAGGUCUACAAUUUUGUUUUUGGUGUCCUUUGACAGCUCUUUGGUCUUGGCCAUUGUGGAGUUUGGAGUGUGACUGUUUGAGGUUGUGGACAGGUGUCUUUUAUACUGAUAACAAGUUCAAACAGGUGCCAUUAAUACCGGUAACGAGUGGAGGACAGAGGAGCCUCUUAAAGAAGAAGUUACAGGUCUGUGAGAGCCAGAAAUCUUGCUUGUUUGUAGGUGACCAAAUACUUAUUUUCCACCAUAAUUUGCAAAUAAAUUCAUUAAAAAUCCUACAAUGGGAUUUUCUGGAUUUUUUUUCCUCAAUUUGUCUGUCAUAGUUGACGUGUACCUAUGAUGAAAAUUACAGGCCUCUCUCAUCUUUUUAAGUGGGAGAACUUGCACAAUUGGUGGCUGACUAAAUACUUUUUUCCCCCACUGUAUAUAUAUAUACAAGACAAAAUAAGUGUGUUUUGUCUUGUAUUUAAUUGUUGACAGCCAGUAGAUGCCAUGUUUACAUUGGAGAAGGCGACGCUUUUAAGUAGCGACGCAUUUAAGUUGAUUAUGUUGUGCAAUGGAAGUUGCUUUCUGUGGGUGGUGAGCAAACUUGUCUAACAAAAAUAUAGGAUAUAUUUGUUGUCUUAAGGGGGAAGGUGUUAUAGGUUUUGGUUUUCCCAUUUAUGUUUUGAGGUUGGACUUUAGCACGUAUAGCUCGUUAGCACGUAGGGCGCACCGAUUGGCGUCACCUCGUUAGUCAGUAUGUGUUACACCUCUGCUGGAAGCCAUCUCGUUAGAGGGAAGGUGUUUCACCUGUGCUGGACCAGGUGCUAUUUAAGAGUGGCUGGCCUAGUGCUUCAAUUGUUUUGAUAGAUGUGGAGGGUUAACACCUUUAGUUGUCUUGAUAGAUGUGGAGGGUUAACUCCUUUAGUUGUCUUGAUCGAUGUGGAGGGUUAACUCCUUUAGUUGUCUUAAUAGAUGUGGAGGGUUAACUCCUUUAGUUGUCUUGAUAGAUGUGGAGGGUUAACUCCUUUAGUUGUCUUAAUAGAUGUGGAGGGUUAACUCCUUUAGUUGUCUUGAUAGAUGUGGAGGGUUAACUCCUUUAGUUGUCUUGAUAGAUGUGGAGGGUUAACUCCUUUAGUUGUCUUGAUAGAUGUGGAGGGUUAACUCCUUUAGUUGUCUUAAUAGAUGUGGAGGGUUAACUCCUUUAGUUGUCUUGAUAGAUGUGGAGGGUUAACUCCUUUAGUUGUCUUAAUAGAUGUGGAGGGUUAACUCCUUUAGUUGUCUUGAUAGAUGUGGAGGGUUAACUCCUUUAGUUGUCUUAAUAGAUGUGGAGGGUUAACUCCUUUAGUUGUCUUGAUAGAUGUGGAGGGUUAACUCCUUUAGUUGUCUUGAUAGAUGUGGAGGGUUAACUCCUUUAGUUGUCUUGAUAGAUGUGGAGGGUUAACUCCUUUAGUUGUCUUGAUAGAUGUGGAGGGUUAACUCCUUUAGUUGUCUGGAUAGAUGUGGAGGGUUAACUCCUUUAGUUGUCUGGAUAGAUGUGGAGGGUUAACUCCUUUAGUUGACUCUCCCUAUUUUGAUUUCUAGACAAACAAUCCGUUAUCUGAUUUCCCUGAUUUCGUUUUGCUCCAGCUUUUGGUUUGCUUCCUGUCUUUCAGUUUGGGGUUUUUCUUUUAUUUGCCUCUUCUUGGGCAAAUUUAGUAGGUGCUCAUGGUGGGUGUCUUUUAGGUCCCAGUUGUUGUUGCUAGUCAGCUUUCAGUGGGGACCCCAAUGAGUGUCUUUCAGAACCCCUCUUAAAACCCCACCUGUUUCAUUUUGGUUGUUGGUCUGUGACUCUUUGUUAGUUCCCCCUUCUGUUUGAGCGACAUUGUUGUUAUUCUUGCUGGGGAACGUAACACACAACACUUUUUACUUGCAAUGCGUAGUCUUUCAGAUCAAGUCAAAGCACUACAGUCUGAAUGUCACUGUAGUUGACCUGAUGCCAUUUCAGCUCAAUCCAGGAGCUGUGCCCUUUAUUGUAUUGGAGGAUCUUUAUCUUUUACCGUUAUUGUUUUGGAUGUCCUCCUGAAUUGAAGAAGAUUACUUUAUUGUCCAAUGUACAUGGAUGUCCAACAGAAACUUUUCUCAUGCUUUAUUCCAACACCUCAGAAAAACAUUCACAAGACACACAUGAAAUGGUUUGACAUGCACAUAUCUUCACAUAUCUUUUGGCCCUAAAUUACAACCUUCCUGGACAUACAUAAUCUAUGAACUCAAAGACAUGUUUAAAGUGGACAUCCAAAUAAUAUAACAUAUCUCAGAAUUACUCCAUAAGCACUCAACAAUACAGACAAACUGCCAUAUAACAUCUUAUUAGCCGCAAGUAAAAAUGCAAUAGCAAGACACUGGCUGUCACUUCAAUUACCAACCAUCCUGGACUGGACCAACAUUACCAACCAUCCUGGACUGGACCAACAUUACCAACCAUCCUGGACGGGACCAACAUUACCAACCAUCCUGGACUGGACCAACAUUACCAACCAUCCUGGACUGGACCAACAUUACCAACCAUCCUGGACUGGACCAACAUUACCAACCAUCCUGGACGGGACCAACAUUACCAACCAUCCUGGACUGGACCAACAUUACCAACCAUCCUAGACUGGACCAACAUUACCAACCAUCCUGGACUGGACCAACAUUACCAACCAUCCUGAACUGGACCAACAUUACCAACCAUCCUGAACUGGACCAACAUUACCAACCAUCCUGAACUGGACCAACAUUACCAACCAUCCUGGACUGGACCAACAUUACCAACCAUCCUGGACUGGACCAACAUUACCAACCAUCCUGGACGGGACCAACAUUACCAACCAUCCUGGACUGGACCAACAUUACCAACCAUCCUGGACUGGACCAACAUAACCAACGGCAUUCAAGAUAUGGACCAAAUGGACAUCACAUAUAAACCAAAAAAACAACAUAACCCAUCUAGACCACAGACCCCAGAAGACCAGACCCCAGAACAUAGAAGACCAGACCCCAGACCCCAAACUCCAGAAGACCAGACCCCAGAAGACCAGACCCCAGAUCCCAGAAUACCAGACCCCAGAAUACCAGACCCCAGAAUACCAGACCCCAGAAGAUCAGACCCCCGACCCCAGAAGACCAGACCUUAGAAGACCAGACCUUAGAAGACCAGACCUUAGAAGAACAGACCUUAGAAGACCAGACCCCAGAAGACCAGACCUUAGAAGACCAGACUUUAGAAGACCAGACCUUAGAUGACCAAACCCCAGAAGACAAGACCCCAGAAGACCAGACCCCAGAACACAGAACAACUAGAGACAUAAAGGACACACAGGAAGAAGGAUAAAGCACCAGGGUGAAGAUGGAGGAAAUAUAUUUAUCUUAAACAGAUUAUAUGUUUAAAUAAAUGUAAAAUGUAUAUUAAAUGUUAUUUUAUUAAAUAAUAAAGUGCAAAAAAGUUUUCACUUGUUUUUCAGACAUGGAGGUGAAGCCAAUCAACAAGCGGGCGUCGGGCCAGGCCUUCGAGGUGAUUCUGAAGCCCUCCUCCCCGGUGUCAGACGCGACCCAUAGCAUCACUUCGCCCCCCAAGAGGGAGGUGUCCCUAGAGGACAUCCAGAAGAAACUGGAGGCAGCUGAGGACCGGAGGAGGGUGAGUAGUAGAACUAUAGAACUAGAAUGAUAGAACUGCAGUAUGGAAUUCUAUAUCUAGUGAUUCUACUUCUAUGGUGACAUCACUGCUCUGUGGCCCAGUCCUGAAAAGGGUGAGUAGUAGAACUAUAGAACAAGAAUUAUAGAACUGCAGUAGGGAAUUCUAUAUCUAGUGAUUCUACUUCUAUGGUGACAUCACUACUCUGUGGUCCAGUCUGGAGGAGUGUGAGUAGCAGACCUGAAAUAGAACUAGAAUAAUAGAACUGCGGGACUCCUUUAGAAAAAAGGGUUCCAAAAGUGUUCUUCAGCUGUCCCCAUAGGAGAACCCUUUUUGGUUCCAGGGUUCUACCUGGAACCAAAAUGCCUGCUAUCUGAUAGCACCUUUUUUUCCCCUAAGAGUGGAUAGAAUUCUAUAUCUUUGAGUAGGACACCCCAGGGCCCUGUGUGUUAUAAUAAUUAAUAUACAUAUAAUUAGAAUCACUAGAACAGCCGUCCCAUUCAAGUUCACAUUCUGUGGUGGCAGGAGCGGCGGCCAUAUUGAAUGUACCAGUCAAAUUACUGUGGUCUGAGGUGCUUUGACCAUUCUAGUGAUUCUAACUCUAUGGUGACAUCCCUCGUCUCUCUGUGGUCCAGUCCCAGUCCUAGUGAUUCUAACUCUAUGGUGACAUGCCUGCUCUCUCUGGGGUCCAGACCCAGUCCUAGUGAUUCAAACUCUAUGGUGACAUCCCUACUCUCUGUGUGUUCCAGUCCCAGUCCUAGUGAUUCUAACUCUGUGGUGACAUCCCUGCUCUCUCUGUGGUCCAGUCCCAGUGAUUCUAACUCUAUGGUGACAUCCCUGCUCUCUCUGUGGUCCAGUCCCAGUCCUAGUGAUUCUAACUCUAUGGUAACAUCGCUGCUCUCUCUGUGGUCCAGUCCCAGUCCUAGUGAUUCUAACGCUAUGGUGACAUCCCUCGUCUCUCUGUGGUCCAGUCCCAGUCCUAGUGAUUCUAACUCUAUGGUGACAUCCCUGCUCUCUCUGUGGUCCAGUCCUAGUCCUAGUGAUUCUAACUCUAUGGUGACAUCCCUGCUCUCUCUGUGGUCCAGUCCCAGUCCUAGUGAUUCUAACUCGAUGGUGACAUCGCUGCUCUCACUUUGGUCCAGUUCCAGUCCUAGUGAUUCUAACUCUAUGGUGACAUCCCUGCUCUCUCUGUGGUCCAGUCCCAGUCCUAGUGAUUCUAACUAUAUGGUGACAUCCCUGCUCUCUCUGUGGUCCAGUCACAGUCCUAGUGAUUCUAACUCUAUGGUGACAUCCCUGCUCUGUCUGUGGUCCAGUCCCAGUCCUAGUGAUUCUAACUCUAUGGUGACAUCCCUGCUCUCUCUGUGGUCCAGUCCCAGUCCUAGUGAUUCUAACUCUAUGGUGACAUCCUUGCUCUCUCUGUGGUCCAGUCCUAGUAAUUCUAACUCUAUGGUGACAUCCCUGCUUUCUCUGUGGUUCAGUCCAAGUCCUAGUGAUUCUAACGCUAUGGUGACAUCCCUGCUCUCUCUGUGGUCCAGUCCCAGUCCUAGUGAUUCUAACUCCAUGGUGACAUCCCUGGUCUCUCUGUGGUCCAGUCCCAGUCCUAUUGAUUCUAACUCUAUGGUGACAUCCCUGGUCUCUCUGUGGUCCAGUCCCAGGAGGCCCAGGUGCUGAGGGCCCUGGCAGAGAAGAGGGAGCACGAGAGGGACGUGCUGCUCAAGGCCAUGGAAGAGAACAGCAACUUCAGCAAGAUGGCCGAGGAGAAGCUCACCAUGAAGAUGGAGCAGAUCAAGGAGAACCGGGAGGCCCACCUGGCAGCCAUGAUGGAACGCCUGCAGGAGAAGGUGAGAGAAGACUGA